AUGAAUAUGAAUAUGCUUGGGUAUAAAUCUCGAGUUGGAAGACGAGUGAAGAAUAAAAUAGCCAAAAACAUCGAAAGGCAAUAUGAAGAGGCAAGGUGUCGUGAAUGCUCUGUUGUAGUAACGCGUAUGGACUUUGCCAAAAUUCUAGGUAAAUUCACUAAAGUGAAAAUCCAAUAUGAAAAUAAUUCCUCACCUAAAGUUUCAAAGUCAUCAAUUCAAAACUCAAAUGUAAGAUUAAAAAGUAAUGAGAAUGGUAUGGUGCUAAUGAACAGGAAAAACAUUAAUUCUUUAUCUAAAGAGAUAAAAAAAAGCAGAAGUGAAAUAAUUAAAGAUCCCCUAAUGCCAAGUCCAAAGAAAUUAAACAUAUUAAAAGAAAACAAUAAUUACAAGAAUUUGGGAGCUCAAAAGGAAUACUCGAAUACAAAAAGAAAUAAGUCUGAGAACAAGAACUAUGGCAUUAUAUUUCUUAAUCCUGUAGUAAAUGGUACUCAUGAUACUAAAAUUAAAGUGUCUUUGGCUGACUUAAUCCCUUCUAUAAACAAGAACUUAUUACCUAAUGAAGAUUGGUGUAUAGAGUUUUUUCCUAAAAACUUGGAACCCAAAGAUGACAAGAUGUAUAAUCGCAUUGCUGCAGAAUUAGAGGACUUAAUGUAUAACAAAAUAAACACCACAUCAAUGUCUAAUGAAAGCAAAGGGGAUGACUUCCCCUCGAUUAUGGACAUUCUAAAUGAUAAUACUACAGAAAAUACUCCAUCACAAGAUCAAACUUCACUAGAAUUCAAGCCUAAUAUGGAAUCCAGUGAUGUUGAAGCUAUGCUCUUAGGUAAAGGUGAAAAUAAACCUACACCUAUGGAAAUAGAUAAAUCUGAUGUAAAUAAAUUAAAGGAGGAGGUUGUAGAUUUUGUACCAAGUACUGAAACAGAAAAAAGUAUAAAAGAAGAUGAAAUACAGAACCCUCACAGUCCAUCAAUACUCGAUGAAACAUUGCAAAAGGGUGUUGAAGAGCAUUUACCGACUGUUCAACCUGUAAUAGAAGAUACAAAUAAUAUUACCAAAAAUGCAGAGUUAAAGCUACCAGAACCAGCUGUGGCUCAGAAAAGUGAACCAGAUACUUCUCAUACAGUUAAGUAUGAAGAGGUCACAGAAAUUAUAUUUAAGAAAAUAUUAGAUGGAAAAUGUGUUAGAUCAGUAACAUGCCUUAAAAGUCUAAAAUACAAUAUCCAGAUAGAUGAAGAUUGUAUUGAACUUUUAGGUGCACCAAAAUAUAUAUCUAGUAUAGAAGAUAUACAGGUAUUAUUACAGAUUGUAAAUGAUAGUGCUGUGGAUAGUUCAUAUAUGUUACACUAA